CUCUCUCUCUCUUUCUCUUUCCUCUUUCGUUCUCGAAUCCAUUCUCCUUCUAGGGUUAGGGUUUUCGACGCGAUUCUCUCGACCCCAAAGCUGCGUAAAACCCUAGCUAGGGUUUCGGGAAAGGAGGAGCGGAUCUCCUCGUCGUCUCUCAUCGAUCUCCGGCUUGUUUCGGGCCCUCUUUUCCCGACCUUUGGUUGUUCAAAGACUGCAUUAUGCAUCAAGAUACUACCUCUAAAGAGAUUGGCUUUUCCGGUAGUGAAGUUGCACCUGAGGUCAUAUAUGGCCAGGAUCUAUACUAUCCUCCUAAUACUGACUACUAUGGAUAUUACAGUACAGGAGCUGAAGCACCUGGUGCAUGGGAUGACCACCAAAGUGUUUUUGUAUCAGAUGGUCAAGAUCUUCAUUACGUGGGUCCACAGGCUGAAGGCUCACCAUAUGUAUAUUAUGCACCUAAUUAUGGAUAUCCACAGUCUCAUUACAACCCAUACAAUCCUUACAUGCCUAGCUCCGUUGUAGGCCCUGAUGGUUCAAUUAUAGGAAUGCAGCAAUACUUAACUAACCCUGCUUACCAUCAACAAAUUACUUCACCUUCCUAUUUUCCAGUUAUUCCAACUGGCACGGAGUUUGUCCCUCAUGGCACUUCUGAUCAGUCCUUGUACAGUGGUUUCACAUCGGUUCCCAGUAAAGCUGAUGCUGAAGGGAUGAAGAAUUCUGCUCCAUUAGUUUCUGCGACCGCUCCUGUAGAUUCACAGAGGGCUUCUUUACUUAAUCCAACAUUGGAACAUUCCUUUUCUUCUUCCCAGCAGUUUCAACUCCCUUCAAACGGAUCAUUACUUAAUUUGGCACCAAGAAAGCAGUCAGCCACACAACUUGGGAGUCAGCAGGCUACCCAGUUUCUAGCUGGCAAUUCUUCGGGUCCUGUCCAUGCAACAGAGCAAUUUUUCAACAGGAGAAUUCCUUCAUUUGAACCUUCAUCGAAAGUGGAAUUCCCAAUGAACAAUAGCCUUAUGCACUUUGGAUCUAAUUCUCGUAAGUUUAUCCCAAAUGAUAAGAUGAAGCCUGCUGACAGUGCUGGAAGACCACAUUCAUUUAGCACUACAGCAAAUAGGGUCAGAGAUCAGCCAACUUCGUCGAUCACCGUUAAGUCCUAUACGUCUAAACUAACCAUCGCUAAUCCACAAGGAAUCAUUGUCAUAAAAACCGAUCAAUACAACCGAGAUGACUUUCCAGUCGAGUAUCCAUAUGCCAAAUUUUUUAUCAUCAAAUCCUACAGCGAGGACGAUGUUCACAAGAGCAUUAAGUAUAAUGUAUGGUCAAGCACGCCCAAUGGGAACAAGAAACUGGAUGCUGCAUACGAAGAUGCUCAAAGGUUAUCUGCUUUGAAGGGUGUCAACUGCCCCGUCUUUCUGUUCUUCUCCGUUAAUGGCAGUGGGAGAUUCUGCGGUGUUGCCGAGAUGUUGGGUCGUGUGGAUUUCCAAAGGGACAUGGAUUUUUGGCAGCAAGAUAAAUGGAGUGGUAGCUUCUCCGUCAAAUGGCACAUCAUCAAGGAUGUGCCAAACACUAACUUUCGGCAAAUCACACUAGAAAACAAUGAGAAUAAACCCGUAACUCAUAGCAGAGAUACCCAAGAGGUCAUGUACAUUCCGGGCACAACUAUGCUUAAAAUCUUUAAGAGCAGUCUGUUGAGGGAAAGCAUUCUCGAUGACUUCCCAAAGUACGAAGAGCUGGAGAAAAGUAACAAGGAAAGAAGAUUCAGGCUCCUAAGAAGCCAUGACGCCCCUCUCUUCACACCUACUCUUGCUACUCAGCGUGUAGUAACUGCCUCCCCCAAGAAGCAUCCGAGUUCAGAUCACACACUAGAAAUCGAUAUUCCGAACCGGCCUCAAAGCGCAGACGAGAAGCGGCAGGACGGUAAUUUCGACCAAACUCCACAAUCAGAUGAUAAUCAAUCGGCAUCUCAUGCAGGCCGUUCUUCGGGAGAAAACAGGGAACAGCCGAAUGUUACAGCUGAGCGUCUUCCAGAAGCUGAAGAGAAGCAGCAAAAUGCAGCAGCUGUUGAGAAUCCGAAAGCUGAUGGUGUCGAUCAGCUCCGGACGGAAGACGGGGACAAAUCAAAGUCUACUACUGCUGUUCGGCCUUCGAACAAGAACAAAGAGCCUCGAGUGGAUGGAAAGCAAUCAAAUGAUACUGUUGUUAAACUUGCGAAAGAAGAUAAUGCGGUUGAUCAGUCUCGAAAGCCGGAAGGGAAAAAGCGUAAUGGCGUUACCUACCGGCAGGUUAAAGUGCUUAGCCCUCCAAAUAGCAAACCAGUCGAUUUGGGCCCCGACGGCAGAGGAGGUUCUGACCCUGCCCAGGUAGUAGGCAACCUCGCCGGGGAAGUCAGCUCCCUCUCGAUCAGUUCUAGUGUAAGCGAAGAAGCCGACUCGUCGAGCUUUUCGGGUGAUGUCGUAAAGAUCGGCUCGAUGCAUAUUAGGGUUCAGAAGACCGGCGAAUCAACAUGAGAAGUUUCUGUGCGGGGAUCGUUUUAAGUUGAUACUAGAAGAAUCUUCGAAAGGGGGAAAGAGCAAAAGUUUAACAGAAAUGGUGGUAGUGUCCUCUCACAUGGUUCUGAUUAUAGUAUUUGUGAUGGUAUGGGUUCUUUGGAUUCGAAUCGGGCACUCCGUCUAUUCUCGCCGGAUAUUAUUCAU